UCGCAGGCCCUGGCCCCGCCCCGGAGCUGCCUGGCCGCCUGCGCUGCACCAUGGCCGGUGGGUCCGGGCGGCUGCUUGCCCUGGCGCUGGGCUGCCUGGCCGCCGUGGCCGCUCUGGCGGAGCAGCAGCAGCAGCAGCUGCGCUUCAAGCCGGCCCCGGCCCCCACCCCCGUGCGGCUCUUCACCGAGUCCGAGCUGGCCAGAUACAGCGGGCAGGAGGAGGGCCAGCCUAUUUACAUGGCCGUGAAGGGAGUAGUAUUUGAUGUCACGUCUGGAAAAGAAUUUUAUGGGAAAGGUGCCCCAUACAACGCCCUCGUUGGGAAGGACUCAACACGAGGAGUUGCAAAGAUGUCACUUGACCCGGAAGAUCUCACUCAUGACACAACAGGGCUCACGGAAGAAGAGCUAAAAUCCCUGGAUGAUAUCUUCAAUGAUGUGUACAAAGCCAAAUAUCCUAUUGUUGGCUACACUUCUCAAAGAAUUCUGAAUGAGGAUGGCAGCCCCAAUCAGAACUUCAAACCUGAGGAUCAGCCACUUUUCAGCAUUAGAGAUGAAUUUUGAUGAAGGAUUUAGCAUCCUGAAAAUCCUCAGAUGGACAUUGUAGAACACUGUAUGACUGGGAAACAUUGACUGUUUCUAAGGCAGAAGAACGCUUUCUAUGAAUUAUGUAUCUUUUGUAUUUUUGUUAUCCGUCCCCCCGCGCAACAAGGAUAAUGGCUGAUUACUAGUGUCGUGAAUUCCUUCAGGUAGUGAACCAAAUACAAUUUAAUCAGUGGCAGAUAUUUGUGGAUUGGAGGGAAUUAUUUCAAUAAAAUUCUCACUGCCAAUA